AUGUGUGACUGCCUACCUGAUGCCCUGGCGGCCAUGUUGGAUACUGGCACUACACUGAGGUCACAUGAUAGAAGUGGGCGGAGCAUUUCUGGGCAGAGUGAUGGUAACCAGCAGAGAGGGAAGAAGUUGGGGAGCGAAGACUUGAUUCAUAUGAAGAUUGAGGUAAAAACGGAAGAAAAGACUUACGUGAGGGGUACCCAGCCGUCUACAGAGGAGGUUGGGAUGAUGGUCACAGUGAAAGAGGAAGAUUCUUCUCUAGAUAUCAGCUCAGAUGGACGCGAUGUCCAGAACGACUCGAAGUGUCACCUGACUUCACCUCCGGCCUGUACUGCAGAAGAUAAUGACAUCACACAAGGUCCUCCAGGAGAAAAUCCUGUUAUUGGAAAUACACAUCACAGACGUAUCCGUGAAAAUGGAUCAAUGGAGAGCAAACAACGUUCUUCCGGAAAGCCACUUCCUGUUAGGUGUUCCGGCGAGAAGACCUUUCCGUGUCCCGAGUGCGAUAAAUGUUUUAGCGUUAAGGGCAGGCUUGCGAGACAUCUCAUGGUGCACACCGGAGAGCGGCCCUAUUUCUGCUCAGAGUGCGGGAAAUCUUAUGCAAGGAAAUUGGAUCUUCUCACACAUGUAAAACUUCACACCGGCGAGCGACCUUUUGUGUGUACACUGUGCGGGAAAGGUUUUAUAGAGAAAAAGCGACUUACCGAACACGAGCGGGUGCACACCGGCGCGAGGCCUUUCUUGUGUACCGUGUGCGGGAAGAGUUUUGGGGAGAAAAAGCGGCUUAUUGAUCACGAGCGACUGCACACUGGUAAGAGACCUUAUUCCUGUUCUGUGUGCGGGAAAGGUUUUGGAGAGAAAAGGCGGCUCAUCGAACACGAGCGACUGCACACCGGUGAGAAACCUUUUCCCUGUACGGUCUGCGGGGAGAGUUUUCGAGGGAAAAAGUUUCUGAUCGAACACGAGAGGCUGCACACGGGUGAACUGCCUUUUAAGUGUUCCGAAUGUGGGAAGGAAUUUAGAACCAGAGGGGUUCUAAACCUACACCGGCAAUCCCACGCGAGAGGGCAGCCAUUUUCCUGCGCGCAGUGCGGAAAACGUUUCAAGUAUAGCAUCAGCCUUAGCCGACACAAGAAACUUCAUGACCAGGAUGGUUCAUUGUCUUGUUCAGUGUGCAAGAAAUCUUUUACAACUAAACAUGAGCUUUAUGUGCAUGUAAGAGGUCACACGGAAAAGAAGAUCUUUCCGUGCGCCGAGUGCGGGAAAUGCUUUUUAUGGAAUGCGGACCUUGUUAAACACCACAGAGUCCACACCGGGGAGAAGCCCUUCCCUUGUUCCGAAUGUGACAAACGUUUCUCAGUGAAAAAAACCCUUGAGGACCAUAUGAAGGUCCACACCGGCGAGAAACCGUUUUCCUGUUCGGAGUGUGGGAAAAGUUUCUCUCAGAGAGGACACCUCAGACAACAUAUGAAACGCCACACUGGCGAGAAGCCAUUUUCCUGUUCUCAGUGUGGUAAAUGUUAUUCACAGAAGGGAAGCCUCGACUACCAUAUGAAAUGCCACAACGGCGAGAAGCCCUUUUCCUGUACAAGGUGCGGGAAAGGUUUUAUAAGACAGCAACAACUUCUCAAACACCAGAAAAAAUACGCUCCAGGUGAGGGUCCAUCUUUAUCUUCAGAGACCGGAAAGUCACCCAAGUCAAAAUCUGAAAAAGGUUGCACAGUAGAAAGGAGGUAUUCAUGCUCCGAGUGUGGGAAAUCCUAUAGACGGAAAGGGGAGCUGGUUACCCACCAGAGAGUUCACACCGGUGAGAAGCCCUUUUCUUGCUCUGAGUGCGGAAAGUGUUUCUCGAUCAAACGCAGCUUCGAUGACCACGUGAAACUCCACAGCAACGUCAAGCCGUUUACCUGCGAAGUGUGCGGGAAAGGUUACGUCAAGAACAGGCACCUCCUUUCGCACCUGAGAACUCACACAGGCGAGCGUCCCUUUUCCUGCUCACAGUGCGGGAAGGGUUUCGGCUGGAAAGACAAUUUGGCUAGACAUCAGAAGACUCACGGUGACUGA